UGGUUGAUGUCGUUGUUUACUUUGAUUUAGCAUAAGUUAUGAAACUGAGCAGAGGGAAAGAACUCUACUCCGCGGACUUCUUUACUUCGGGAUGUUAAAGUAGCUUAAAAAUUAUCAAAAAAAAAUAUAUUAGUAUGUGUUCAAUAGUAUUUUUGAUCAUUUUCACAUCUUCAUUUCAUCAAGUUUUACUCACUACAUCAUCCAAACAAGAUGGACAGUGUGUGAUGUAUGAUCAAUGUAAAGGACAUUAUGGGCCUGCUCCUUGUGUUUAUAAUGGACCACCAAAGCCAUUGCAAAAAGAUAUUCCUAUUGAUGGUAAUAUAACAGCAGUUCAGCUUCUUCAAAAUCUUUGUCCAGAAUUUGUCACGAAUGAUGAUCCUCAUGUCUGUUGCAGUACAAAACAGUUAAUUGGUUUUAAGGAGCAAAUGGAUGUAGCAGAGGUUUCAGGCUUUUCUCGAUGUCCUUCAUGUUAUCAUAAUUUUCGUCAAUUAAUUUGUUUUUUGUCAUGCUCACCUCAUCAAAAUGAAAUUUUUACUGUUACCAAAUCAUACUGGAAUGGAAAAGAUAAUGAAUCUAAAGACGAAAUUGUUGAAGAAGGAGAGUAUCAUUUAUCAGAAUUAUAUGCUUACAGUCUUUUUGACUCGUGUAAAGAAUUACAGGGUUUUAUUCCUGGUACCCUAUUUUUGGAUUUUGCUUGUGGUUAUUGGGGCAGCAAGGAGUGUAGUCCAGAGAGGUGGUUAGAAUUUCUUGGAUCAACUCCAUAUGAAGGAGGUCAUUCACCUUUUAAAUGUCAAUACAUAUUGCAUGUUGAAGAUAAAGUGGACAUCAAUGGGCACACAUUUUAUCCUAUGAAGGAGCCUCAUUUCAAAUGCUCAGAAGCUCCCCGGCCAGAUUUGAGUGCAUGUAACUGUUAUGACUGUAAAGAAGCUUGUUCAGUUCAAGAGUUAAGUUAUUCCCCAGUUAUUCCUGAAUUAGUUAUUAUACCUGAACCAUUCCGCAUUUUUAAAAGAGAUGGUCCAACAGUUGUUGCGACUUUGAUUUUUGUUUUAUCCAUUAUUACAAUCACAAUGAUAUUUUGCUGCCACAAGAAUCCUGGCUAUUCUCAUUCUACAUCUUCUGAUCAACAAUUGUUCCCUAUGCCAGAUUCUACAUCUUCCCCGACUAGUGUUAAUCUUGGUUCUCUAGAAGAAGUGGAACCUCUUCGAUCGAAAACAAAUUCAGUUCCUGUAUCAAGAAUUAAUUCUCCAAGAAGAUCCCAAAAGUUACAAUCUAGUCCAUCCAAGUUUCAGCAGCUUGGAAGUUGGUUUGAAAAAUGCUUAGAGACUCAGUUCAGAUCUUGGGGUCUUUAUGUGUCUCAAAAACCAAUAACUAUUAUGGUUGUUUCUCUUUUUAUAUGUAGUGUCUUUUCUUUUGGUUUGUUCUUAAAUUUUGAUGUUACCACAAAUCCAGUUGAUCUUUGGGUUUCAUCUGACAGUGAAGCUCGAAAAGAUAUGGAGGAUUAUAAUAGACAUUUUGGGCCUUUUUAUAGGAUAGAACAUAUUAUCAUCACACCAAAUAAUAAGGAAUCAUUUUAUCAUCCUGUCAUUCUGAAUCAUGAAUUAAAAAAUAUUUCAUGGGGCCCUGUUUUUCAACAGGAUUUUUUGUUGGCUGCUCUAAACUUGCAAUUACAGAUUGAAAAUUUGACUGCCACAUUCAAUAAUGAAACAGUGCAUUUACAAGACAUUUGUUUAUCACCUUUAAAACCACUCAACUCAGCCUGUUCAAUACAAAGUAUCUUUGGAUUCUUUCAAAACAAUGCUGAUUUUUUCCAAAGGAAGAUUGAUUAUUUAACACAUUUCAAAAGAUGUUCUAAUGCUCCAAAAGAUUCAAAAUGUUUUGCUCCAUUUGGUGGACCUAUUGAUUCUGCUGCUGUUGUUCUCGGAGGAUUUAAUGAGACUUAUGAUUCUGCUCAAGCAUUAGUUAUUACAAUUCCAGUCACAAAUUAUAAUGAUUAUGACAUGACAUUGAAAGCCAGGAUUUGGGAAUAUCAAUUCCUGUCAUUCAUUAAGAAUUAUUCACAUCCAUUACUGAAUAUUGCAUACAAAGCAGAAAGAUCUAUUCAAGAUGAAAUUGAAAGAGGCAGUCAUUCUGAUCUUCUAACAGUGGCUAUCAGUUACAUCCUCAUGUUUGGUUACAUCACAGUUUCUCUUGGAGAAUAUCAUCAGUGCAAGACUUUGUUGGUAGAAUCAAAAUUUACUCUAGGUUUCUUUGGAGUACUUAUUGUACUUAUAUCUGUGAUUUCUUCUCUGGGCCUCUUCUCUUUCUUAGGCAUUCCAGCUACCUUGAUUAUUGUCGAGGUUAUACCUUUCUUGGUGUUAGCUGUGGGGGUGGAUAAUAUUUUCAUACUGGUACAAGCGUUUCAGAGAGAAGAACGAAAGCCUGGUCAAUCACUAGAAGAAAGGAUUGGUUAUGUUGUUGGGAAAGUUGCUCCAAGCAUGUUAUUAUCCAGCAUUUCUAUGUCAAGCUGCUUUUUUAUUGGUACAUUGACCAAAAUGCCAGCUGUGCGCUUAUUUGCAUUAUACGCUGGUGUGGCAUUGCUAGUGAAUUUCUUUUUACAAAUGACUUGUUUCUUAGGGCUUUUCAUUUUAGACUCCAAAAGGCAAGAGACUUAUAGAUUAGAUGUUUGCUGUUGCAUUAGGACUUCAAAGAAUAUUUCUAAUGUAAAAUCAUCUUUCAAGGAAGGACUAAUGUUUAAAAGUAUAAAAAAUAUAUACUCGCCUUUUCUUAUGAAAAAUUCUGUUCGAUAUGUUGUGAUGGUAGCUUUUAUGGCAUGGCUUUGUUCAUCUGCUGCUGUUUUGGAUAAAAUAGAAAUAGGAUUUGAUCAGAAAUUAUCUGUUCCUGAAGAUUCAUACAUGCUGCAAUAUUUUGAAUCUCUAGAAAAAUAUCUGUCUGUUGGGCCUCCUGUUUACUUUAGUGUAAGUUCUGGUUAUAAUUACACUGAUCCAAAGGCACAGAAAAAAAUUUGCUCGGCACAUAGCUUUUGUGACUUCGAUUCCAUUAGCACUGCAUUGGGAAGAAUGGCUAUGGUAAAAAAUAGAACAUUUAUUGCUCUUCAGCCUUUGUCUUGGUUGGACAAUUAUUUCGAAUACUUGCAAGCUGAAUCGUGCUGUUAUGAAUUCCGUAGUAAUGGAACGCACUGCCCAUCUUAUGUCGCUCAUCAAUACAAAAGAAUGUGUAGAUCGUGUCAAGAAAAAGAUCCCACUACUUUAUCAGAAGCAGAAUUCAUAAGAAGACUACAGUUUUUCCUGUCUGAUUCCCCAUGGGAAAAGUGUCCAAAAGGUGGUAAAGCCAUGUUUGGUUCUGCUAUUGAAUUAAUCUCAUCAGAGAAUACUACAAAAAUUGGUGCUACGAAUUUUAUGACUUAUCAUACGGUUUUAAAGACAUCAAAAGAUUUUUAUGAAGCACUGGACUGGUCAAGAAAAAUUGCUGUUAAUUUAACAGAAUCUCUUAGAAAUGCUACAGACAAUUCUGAAAUUCGUGUUUUCCCUUACAGCCUUGUGCAUGUUUUCUAUGAACAAUACCUAACAAUGUGGCCCGAUACUUUGAGAAGUCUUGGCUUAUCCACCUCUGCAGUAUUUGUUGCAACAUUCCUUUUAUUAGGGUUAGAUUUGCACUCUGCUGUUAUAGUUACAGUAUCAGUAAUUUCAAUUGUGAUCAAUAUUAUGGGUCUCAUGUACUGGUGGGAUAUAUCACUGAAUGCUGUGUCAUUAGUAAAUCUUGUAGUAGCUGUUGGUAUAUCUGUCGAAUUUUGUUCACAUCUAACAAGAAGUUUUGUUUUAAGUGAAAAACCAUCUCGUGUUCUUAGAGCACAAGACGCUUUAUGUCAAAUGGGAACUUCAGUUUUAUCUGGAAUCACUUUGACUGAUUGUGGCAUUUUAGUUCUGGCUUUUGCCAAGUCUCAAAUAUUUCAAGUAUUUUAUUUUCGAAUGUACCUUGGUAUUAUAGCUUUUGGUACUCUCCAUGGUCUCAUAUUUUUACCUGUCCUCUUAAGUCUUUUUGGUCCCCCUUUGAGAUGGAGAAAAGCUAAAGAACCUAAAACUUUUGAAUGUAAAAUUGAUGUGCCUUUAACUAAUGGUGACCAAAAUGAAGUGCCAUUGACAGAUAUGUGAUAAAAUACUUCCAUCUAGAAUCUUGACAAAACAAUUGUUUGGACAUUGAAAAUGUGUAUUUGGGUAGUUUUGAUGUGAAGUGAUCCCAAUGAAUCAACUGCAUUUGUGAUGUGUAUAUUUUUGUUGUAUUUAUAUUUUUAAGAUAACGAAUUUUUAUAUCACCAUUUAAUUAUUUACCUCAUUUUUCUUUAUCAUGUAAUUAAAUAUUUGUUCUUUCCAUGUGCAUUUCAAACUUGUUUGUUGAUUCUAUGUGUUCUUGAUUAAGCAUUUUGAAAAGGCAAAGCUUAUAAAAUUUUAAAUGUGCUUAAAAAUUAAAUUACCGUCUUUUUUUUUUUUUUUUUUUUUCAUAUCUUUAUAUUUAUUUAGUUGCUUACAAAUAAUAUAACCUUUCUACCGCCUAUAUUCAAUAUUGUGGUAACUAUAGAGAAGGAAAACUUAUUAAGAUUUAAAUUGUAGGUUACUACUUCUGCUGCUUUUAUAAUGUAUUUUGAUUAUUAGUAUGCCUUUUUAUUAAUAGCCUCCAUAAUUGAUUCUUUGUUAUUUAUAUUAAUGACUGUAGCUAUUUUUAAAUUAACUUGCAUCUAUUAUAUUUAUUUGAUAGCUUUCUUUUUUACAAAUAAAAAUAUUACAAUUAAUACAAAAUAAAUUAUUGAUAUUCAUAUAUAUAUAUAUAUAUUUUUUUUUUUUGAAAAAAGAUAAUAAAAUGCCAAUUAUACCUUGUUAAGCUGUUUGCCUUGCAAAUUUAAUAACUGUAAUAGUAAUAUACCUACUGCAAAGAUUUUUCAGUAUUUAACAACAUUGAGUGAAUUUUACUAGCAAUAAACGUUCAAUAACACUAUUUAAUUAACACUUAGUGUGAACUUCAUUAUCUGUUUAAUAUAAAAAAAAGAUUUGUCUUGUGUUUUCUAUUAUUUAAUGCCCCCCCAUUAGCAUUUGCAUGCUGCAGUAAUAUGAUGAGUAAUAGUUGUUUCAUUCUGCAUUUUUUCAUUAAUACAUAUCUAAUGAAAUAAAUCUAUAUUCUCUGAUAUUUAUACAUAUAAAAUAGAAAUAAUUAUUAAUAUAAUGAGCUUAUUUAUUAAGAUUGUUUUUAAUGAAAUGUACCUAAGUUCAUUAUCAUUAUGUGCAUAUUUAUAAGCAGAUCAUUGUCAAUAAUAAAUAUUUAGUUAAAUAGCAUAAAUAUUUAUCUAAAAAAUUUAAAAUGCUUUAGUCUAGUUCGUUAGUUAGUUUUUAUAAUGAGAAUUUGGUAAUUUAUUUUUGGUAAACAAGAUUUUUUUUAUUUAAAAAAAUUACUUAAAUUAUAGAAGUGUGGAGCAUUAUAUUUUACAAAUAAGUGAUUUCACUUAUAUGAACUGGUUUCUAUCAAUUGAUUUGCUUUAUUAAUAUUUUUGUAUAAAUUUCAUAUUUAUUUCACAGGAAUUUUAUAGCAUUUAACAUCUGGCAUUGCAUCAGUUAACAUUUUGUUAAAUAUAUUUAAUAUAAUGCAACUUUUGAGUUCAAAAAACAUAUGUAAAGAGCAUACUAAAAUAUUUUUAAAUGAUUAUUUGUAAUUGAUCUCUUAGUUUGAUCUCUAAUAAUUUAUUCAGAUCUUGCAUAUAUAUAUAUAUAUAUAUAUAUAUAUAUAUAUCAAAUUAUAGAUUUUUUACAGUUACUUUAUUGAAAUAUGAAAUUUUCUAAAUUAUUAUAAUAUUAUUUGCAUACAUUUAUAGUUAUAAUUAUUUUCUGUAAUCUCAGAUUUAUGUCAUUAGGCAUAAUUUGAGCUGUCCUGAAAUUUGGUAACCUUGGUGACUAUCAGAAAAUUAUUGAUAAGACAAUGAUGUGAUAAAACAGUAUGUGUAAAAUAAAUGUACCUGAAAAAGAUUUUGUAAUUACAUCUUUAAAAGUUUCAUGAAGGUUUCUUUUAAUAUAUACAUAUCAAAGCUAGUCAUUAAGAAAUAAAAAAAGGAUGGAAACUUACACACUUUGUAUUUACAUGUAUGUUGUUUUUAAGUGGAUACUCAUGCAUUCUUGUAAAGCUUGAUUAUUUCAUGGGAUAGAACUUUAAUCUGUUAUUAAAAUCAAGCAUGAUAUUAAGUUAUAUAUAUGCUAAUUCUGGAAAAAAUUCAGAACUAGAAAUUAUGAUUUAAAAACCAAAUACAAGUUAAUUAAAAGUUUAAAAUAAAGUUAAGAUAACUUAUAUUAACUUUUGAAGAUUUUUUUUCUUUUCGAAGUCGUGCAUUUCAAGGUCUGUUUAAUUUUCAAAUACUGAUUGUAUUAAUUGUUUGUUAAUUUUAUCAGAUUAACUGAGAUUAUUUAUAGUAAUGAAAAUUUUCAUUUAAAAAGCAAUAGGCAAACUAAGACUUUUUUUAACUUUGGGUCUCUUACUAAAAAAAUAGCAUUAUGAAAAAUAAAUUUUAUCAUGUGAUUUCUCAGAGAGCCAGAGUAGAAUUUUAAGAGUCUUCAGAAAUGCUACCAUUAUAUUUUUCAAAGUUAGUUAAAUAUUGUCUGAAUUUAUAACUUUGCUAUUAAAAUGACUAAAUAAAUAAAUCGAAUUAAAUUUGUUUUUACCUUAAAUUAAUAUUUUAUUUAAUAAAUUUAUUUGUUCUUUUAUUAUGGAAUGCUGAAAAACCUUUUUACAUUCAUAAAAGGGCUGAGAGUCAAGUUAUAUAUUUAAAAAAAAAAAAACUUAUUGAGAUUAUUUUUGCAAUUUUUAUUGGUAUUUUCAGUCAAUGUUCACAGUGCCAAAAGUAUUCUAAUAGUACUAAAUUUUACAAUACUACUUUUUAAUAUGCAUUUUGGAAGAUCAAGUUUUCUAUUUACUUUGUACAAACUAUGUUUCAAUCUUUCUUUCAAAAUUGAAAGAAUGUUUACAGUUAUCAUUUAUAUAAAAUUGUUAGAUGAUGUAUAAAUAAGUUUCUAUAAAAAUAAUUUUCUUUUAUAAUAUAUUUUUGAAUUUUGUUAUAUAAUUUGGAUAAUAAAUGUGAUUUUUUUUUUCUUUUGCUUAUUAUUUUGAUAUUAAUGAUUAAAUAUUAUUGGCAGUGAAGUUGCCACAUAUUUUCAUAAAGGCUUGUUUAAAUAUAAUUUUGCAGACGGGAUGUUUAUAAAAUGUAUAUUCUUUUUAUUUAAUUUUUUUAAGGCUGAAUAACUAUGAUGAAAGUUGUGAUUGCAUUCAGUUGCAUAAAAACUUACCAAUUUUUUUUGUAUGGUUUAUUUUGUUUGGUUUUGUAUCUCAUUGUUAUCAUAAAAGAGAAUUUUUAUAUUAAUGUUUUAAAAACUCAAACAUUUUUCCUUUCAAAUAUCGGUAAUUCUCACAGCAUUGUUAUAAUAUGCAAAUAGUUAUUCUAUUUUUCUAGUCAUGAUUGUGUCAGAUAUUAUUAAAAAUAAUUACUAGCUAUUCUUAUACAAUUUAAAUGAAUAAAAUUUAGAAACUGGGAACCAUUGGCAUGUGGUGAUAUGUUAAUAAGUUUGUGGUUUUAUUUAAAUAUAGAAGAGUUAUGUCUUCAAUAAGCUUUCAAAAUUACAUUUCAUUACAUGUAUAUAGUACUCUAGUAAAAUGUAGAUAUUUUUUAUGUAUUUAUACGAACCUUAAAAGAUAUUCAGGUAUUAUUUGAGUCUUUAUAUGUACCUAUAAUAGAAUUUUCAUAUAUUCAAGGCUGAUCCUCAAGACAUUAUAGCAAACAUAUUUAUAAUAUAAAUAUUCUUAUUUACAAAUAUGAAAUUUAUACUUGUGUUUAAGAUAUAAUAUACAAUUUAUAUAUACAUAUAUAAAGAUUGAUAGAUACUCUUAUACUUGUCAUAAUAGAACUAUAUUUAUAAAUAUA